UGGAGCAGAUUGUUAUUUGACAAAAAUGUUAACUUAUGAAUCUUUCUACUGAAUUGUCUCUAGGUUGCUUUCAUAAUUUUUUCUUUGUUUCAGAUUGAAGUGAGUGAACUCAGAUAUAAUUCAAGCUUGUUGGAGGGCUUAAAAAAAUAGGCUGAUUCGGUGCAUGAGAGCAAGUUACUGCUGCUUACCACCGUCCAGAGACUUACAGGUGCUUGCCUGCAUUGCAAUAAAGGACUCAUCUAUUGAGCAAGACUUCUAUUUAUCUCUUCGUUUUGGAGAGCCUAAUAAACUGUUAUUACAGUUUCUCUACUGACUUUCAAAGUUUUGAAGUUUGAAAGAGACACCUUUGCAAUUAACACAGCAUGAGCACGGCCAGAACAGAGAACCCUGUUAUAAUGGGUCUGUCCAGUCAAAAUGGUCAGCUGAGGGGCCCUGUGAAGCCCAGUGGUGGCCCUGGAGGAGGGGGCACACCGACCCAGCAACAGAUGAACCAGUUGAAAAACACCAACACAAUCAAUAAUGGCACUCAACAGCAAGCACAGAGUAUGACCACCACUAUUAAACCUGGUGAUGACUGGAAAAAGACUUUAAAACUCCCUCCAAAGGAUCUAAGAAUCAAAACUUCGGAGGAGAGCAUUCCCAUUGCUUUAUCUGGUAGGGAUAUCUUAGCUAGAGCAAAAAAUGGAACAGGCAAGAGCGGUGCCUACCUCAUUCCCUUACUUGAACGGCUAGACCUGAAGAAGGACAAUAUACAAGCAAUGGUGAUUGUUCCCACUAGAGAACUUGCUCUACAGGUCAGUCAAAUUUGCAUCCAGGUCAGCAAACACAUGGGAGGGGCUAAAGUGAUGGCAACCACAGGAGGAACCAAUUUACGAGAUGAUAUAAUGAGGCUUGAUGAUACAGUACAUGUGGUGAUUGCUACCCCUGGCAGAAUCCUGGAUCUUAUCAAGAAAGGAGUAGCGAAGGUUGAUCAUGUCCAGAUGAUAGUAUUGGAUGAGGCAGAUAAAUUGCUGUCACAGGAUUUUGUGCAGAUAAUGGAGGAUAUUAUUCUCACGCUACCUAAAAACAGGCAGAUUUUACUCUAUUCUGCUACUUUCCCUCUUAGUGUACAAAAGUUUAUGAAUUCCCAUUUGCAGAAACCCUAUGAGAUUAACCUGAUGGAGGAACUGACUCUGAAGGGAGUAACCCAGUACUAUGCUUAUGUAACUGAGCGCCAAAAAGUACACUGCCUCAACACACUCUUCUCCAGGCUUCAGAUAAACCAGUCGAUCAUUUUCUGCAACUCCUCUCAGCGAGUUGAAUUGCUAGCCAAGAAGAUUUCUCAGCUGGGUUAUUCUUGCUUCUAUAUCCAUGCUAAAAUGAGGCAGGAACAUCGAAAUCGUGUAUUUCAUGAUUUCCGAAAUGGCUUAUGCCGCAAUCUUGUUUGCACUGAUCUGUUUACCCGAGGUAUUGAUAUACAAGCUGUGAAUGUGGUAAUAAACUUUGACUUCCCAAAGCUGGCAGAGACCUAUCUUCAUCGUAUUGGAAGAUCAGGUAAGGAAAAUGGGAUGAUUUUGAUGGAAAUAAUUUCUAAGAACACUAGUCAUCAAAUUUUGAUUAUUUGUGAGAUAGAAUGUAGUAGAUAUGAGAAACAACUCUUCCACGCCACCCUCCUCCCAGCCCUGCCCUUUGCCCUCUGGGGGUCUCUCCUGCCCAAGGACCAGCGCAGAGCAAGAGCCAGAUGCCCAGGAGGCUCCAGCCAGCGGCCCAGCUGCUUCUGCCAGCAAGUGGGUGGCAUCCCUGCCACCAAGUACAGGAACCUGCGGGCCCAGCGCAUGGCCGCCAUGCAGGCCGUCCUCUGGCAGGAGCAGAAAGGAGCCUGGUUCGACUAUGACUUAGAAAAUGGCAGGAACAACUUGGAGUUUUACCCAUCCAACCUCACCCCGCUCUGGGCCGGCUGCUUCUCUGACUCCAGCAUCCCAGACAAGGCUCUGAAAUACCUGGAGCUCAGCCUGUAG